UUUUUUGCAGGUUAAAUAUUUAUGUACACAGUGUGGGAGGCUUUCAGAAAAUACCAGAAGUUAACUCUCAUCUGUCUGGAAACACUGAGAAAGAGACGGAUAACCAUGGAUGAAGAAGCAUGGGUGCAAAGUGUUGACCUUUCAGGCUGGCAAGUCCCCAAAGAUUCAGUACAAACUGAUCCUGAGUCUAAACCACAGACCGCCAUACACUCCUCUGUUCUUCUACCAGGCAGUGUUAUUGAUUCUUCAGAAGACAUACAGGAACAUCCUUCAUGUGUGAUUGAAAGUGUUGUGGUGGAAGACACGCCUGAGGAGGAUGGAGAGGGAAACUCAUGGUUGCACAAGCUUGGAAUGAAUAUAAACAAGUGGUCAUUUCUGAAUUCCCUGAUUGGAUGGAGUGAAGACAGAACUCAAGAAAAAGAUCAGUUUACCACGUCUGGAAUUUGUUCUGAUGCUGAUCACAAAGCAACUGAGUUGGAGGAAUGUACAAUGAAAGUGCCAUAUAUACCCUACAGCUUAGCUACACUGCAUAUCAUCAAGCUUGUAAAAGACAUGCAGCAAAUGAAAAACAGACACAUGAAGAUAAUCAGAAAACUAGACGAUAUAAGGAAAGAAAAGCAGGAGGAGACUGUAACUACCAUAAAGAAACAUUAUAGUGAGAAAAUGAGGUGUCUGAAAUGCCAGUUAGAAGCUUACCAAGAGCAGAUGAACAAGAACAACAUACACUGGCAAGAUACAAUUGAGAACCUGAGAGAAAGAAACAAACAGCUGAUCCAACAGAAGGAAGAGGUUCUUCACCAAAUGAAACAACAAACAGAGAACUGGAAAGAAGAAAAGGUCUGGAUUCUAGAAAAUCUGUGUAAAAAGCUAGAUUAUCAUUAUACCCAGCACACACUGACUUUACAGGAACUACACAACAUGAGUCUACAUGUGGAAAGAUUGCAAGACCUCAUGAAUUUCCAGAUAAAAAUUCUUCAGCAAAAGUCUGAAAAGACAGAAGGAGAAAAUUCAGAUAUAUCAGAGGUUUUAGUAUUAAAAACAGAACAAGUAGUUAAUGAAGAAGAGAAGACUGAAUGGUCAAUGGAAAAUGGAUAUCUUUGGCAAGCACGCAUCAUCCUGCAAGAGAUGCAAGAAUCUUUAAAGAAACGAGAGAGGGAAGUCACUGAGCUCCUCCAAAGUGAAAGGAGAUUUAACAAGGCAAUGAAACCUCAAAUGACAGGGCUGAUAUUCUUGAAAUCUCUUAUCAAGAUGGUUCACACCAUAUAUUGUGAUGUCCCUCCUGCACAACAAUACAUCCUUCAGCUUAUCAGGAAGAAUGAGGAAGAAAGAGCUGAUCAGAAAGAAGUUUUUAAUAAUGCUCAGGCCGACAUUCUGUCCUAUGAAGUAUUUUAUGGAAAUGAACUUACGGAUGACAGAAGGACACACCUCCCAAAGAAGCUUUUCAGAAACAUUGGGAAAGCAAAGUAUGAUUUAGAAUGUGUUGAAACAGAAAAAAUUGUGUUUGAUUGUAUCCAGACAGGAGAAAUCCCCAACUGGAUUAAAAGGGAUUGUCUUUUUGUAGCCUUGUCAGAAGACCCUGCAAUAAGCUCUGAGGAGAUAGAGUCAUCAUUCUGAGGAACUCAUGCAGAAGUUUAAAAUGGAAAUCAAGGUAAUACAUUACAAUGUAUCACCCCACAUGGUUUUAAAGAAGUUAUCAAUAAUGCACUCAUUUUCCUAGAUAUUCUUAAGGGAUUUGAGAUUUUCCCUGAAUUAUGUUCCAUGAUUUCUAAGCAUAUUUACAUCCAAGCAUAACAUAGUUUUGCGAACUAGUGAAUUACAGGAUUACAGUUUUCUGUAGGGAUUUCCAUGUUCUAUUUUGCACCUCUAUAUCUAUUUUGUUGUUCUUGUAGAAAUCUUUGUGCAUCUUGGUGGUCCUUGAUGUCUGUUGCAAGUAAAAUAUAUUAGAAUCAUAGAACUCUUUAGGCUUGAAAAGACCCUUACAAUCAUUCAGUCCAACCAUUAAGCCAGCACUGUCAAGGUUUUUAAAUACCUCCAGCUACGGUGACUCAACCACUUCCCUGGGCAAACUGUUCCAGUGCUUGGCAACCCCCUACAUGAAGAAAUUUUUCCCAGUAUCCAAUCCAAACAUCCCCUGGUUCAACUUGUGGCCAUUUCCUCUGGUUCUGUCAUUUGUUACUUGGGAGAAGAGACAAAUGCUCAUCACACUCCACCUCCUUUCACAUAGUUGUAGAGAGCAAUAAGGUCCCCCCGAGCCCCUUUUCUUCAGGCUAAACCUCAGUCUAUCUUCAUAAGAUUUGUGAUCCACGCUCUUCACCAGCUUUGUUGCUUUUCUCUGGACAUGCUCCAGCAGCUCCUGUUUCAUAUAUCUAAUGAUUUGGGAUGCAUAGAUUCCUUGCUUAUUAGUAGGUUACAAAAGAAGCAUUGCUUCAUGUGAAUUUACAUCAGAGUAAAUAACUGAAAAAACUAACUAUUUGAAUUGAGUUUUCUCAGACUGGGCAAAUGACAUCCACAAGUGCAUGGGCCCUGACAGGAUGCAUACUUGAGUGCUGAGAAGCUGGCAGAAAUCACAGUGAGGCUGCUCACCAUCAUCUUUGAAAGGUCAUAGAGUUUGGGAGAGGUGCCUGAGGACUGGAAGAAAGCAAAUGUCACUGGUCUUCAACAAGGAGAAGAAGGAGGGCUCAGGGAUAACCAAUCAUCUCAAUUCCUGGAAAGGGGAUGGAGCACCUCAUUCUAGAGGCCAUCACUAUCCAUGUGGACAGGAGGUGAUCAGGAGCAAUCAGAAUGGAUUCACUAAAGAUAUAUCACACUUGACCAACCUGAUAGCCUUCUACAAUGAAACAACCACCUGGAUGGAUGAGGAGAGAGCAGUGGAUGUUGUCUAACUUGACUUCUGCAAGGUUUUCCACACUGUCUCUCACAACAUCCUCAUAGGCAAACAGGGAGUGUGGACUGGGUUAGUGGGCAGUGAGGUAGAUUGAGAACUGGUGAAUGGCAGAUCCCAGAGGGUCAUAAUCAGUGGCACAGGAUCAGGCUGGAGGCCUGUCACUAGUGGUGUCCCUCAAGGUUCGGUAGUGGGCCCAGAAUUGUUUAACUUAUGUAUGAAUGUCUUGGAUGAAGCGCCAGAUACCUCCUCAGCAAGUUCACUGGUGACUGAGCUGGGAGCAGAGGCUGCUACCACUGCUGUGCUGUGCAGAAGGACCUCCAUAGAUUGAAGAGAUGGACAGAGGAGAACUGUCUGAAGCUCUGCAAAGGCAAACACAGGGAAGGAACAACCCCAGGCAACAGGACAGGCUGGGGUGACCUGCUGGACAGCAGCUCUGUGGAGACGGACCUGGGGAUCCUGGUGGAUGGCAAGCUGUCCAUGAGCCAGCAGUGUGUCCUCGUGGUCAAGAAGGGCCAAUGGUAUGCUGGAGUGCAUUAUAGGGCAUUGCCAGCAGGUUCAGGGAGGUGAUCCUGCCCCUCUGCUCAGCUCUGGUGAGGCACAUGUGGAGUGUUGUGUCCAGUUCUAUGCUCUUCAGUACAAGUGGGACAUGGAGCUCCUGGACCAAAUCCAGAAAAGGGCUACAAAGAUGAUUUAGGGACAGGAGCACUUCUCUUAUGAGGAAAGGCUGAAGGAGCUGGGCCUGUUCAGCCUCAGGAAGAGGCAGCUGAGAGAAGAUCUCAUCAUUGUCUCUAAGUACUUGAAAGGAGGGUGUCAAGAGGAUGGAGCCAGGCUCUUCCUGGUAGUGCUGAGCAAUAGAACAAGAGGCAAUGGGCAGAAACUGAUGCCCAGGAAGUUCCAGCUGAAUAUGAGGAAGAACUUCACUGUACAGGUGACAACAGAUUGUCCAGAGAGGGUGUAGAGUCUCCCCUGUGGGAGAUAUUCCAGAAUCACCUGGACACAGUCCUGUACCAUGUGUUGUGUGAUGACCCUGCUUGAGCAGGGAGGUUGGACCAUAACCCACUGUGGUCCAUUCCAGCCUGACCCAUUCUGUGAUUCUGUGCUGAAACUGAUCCAACUAUAUGCAUUAAAAUGCAUCAAAAGCCAGAGUCCAGUAAUGCAUUUACAAUAUUUAAGUUGCUGAAUCUCCAAGUGAAUAGACUCAAAAUUGUAUAAAAUAAUUACUUUCUCUACAUAGACACUAAGACAACAACCAUCAUGUUGAGUUAAUGUGGAGAAGUUCUUCCUUGGUAAAUAAUGGAUAAAACCUGUAAAUUAUUCUUUUGGUAAUUUUUAACUAUACUGUUUGUUGCUUUUUUGUCUUUGAUUUUGUUUUGAUUUUUUAGGUUUACCAGAUAAUGAAGGAACACUAAAGAGAGAUACCAAUACUGAAAGAAGCCCCCUGUUUUAGGGAGGAGUACUGGAGAGAAAGCUUGAUGCAGAAAAACAUUUUCUGCAGUAUUUGUUGAGUGGACAAAAAAUUAGAAGCAUUAAAUACCUGUGGUUCACUAUCAGAAAAUUUACACAGGCCUUUAAGUGUUUUGAGAAUUUUAUGGUUUUUAAUAAAUUUUUUUAAGAAAUCUUCUAAAAGAAAGAAACAAAAAACCUGCAUAACAACAACCCAAAAGAGUCUGUGAGUGAGAAAAAGUGCCUUUGAGUCAAACAGGUAUAGUCCUGCUGCAAGUGGAUGGCGUGUAUAAGCUUUUGCUGUCUAAAGUGGGGCAUUUAAUAUGCCUCUACAAUCAAUAUCUGCAGAGAGGUAGCUUCUAAGGCUGAUUUUCAUCUGUGAAGCACAAGCCUCCAAAAUUAACUUUGCUUUGUCCCACUUCAAAUUAUUUAGCAAUUGUUUUAAAGUGCUGGCUUCUAUACCAUGGUAUGUGUUUCAACUUUUCACUCUCUUUUUUUUUUUUUAAUAAAAGAUGAAAUUGAAUAAAUCAUAGGUAAGAAGAAAUCUUUAAAAUUAUAAACUGUGAAACCAUAGUUUUAAUAAGGAACAAAUGAAUGUGAAGAUGAUGGUUGUUGUUGAAGACAACAAUUUGUCUCUAACAAGUGGUUUUUGAAGAUGAUAAUGCUAAGUAAAUGCCAUAAAUUUAAACACCACAUGUUUGCUUUUACAGUUGGGUUGAGGUUUUUCUGUCAUCUGUCAAGCAUGUGUGCCUGAAGCUGAGUGGUUUAUUUGAACUGCUCAGCUGUGUGAAGUCCCAUCUAUAUCAUAAGUUGAAAAAAAUUUGUAUUCCAGCACUGAUCUAUCAUUCAGAUACUAACAACCAAAGCCUUAUUUUUUAACUGCAUGUGUGUUCAUAAUGUGCUUCUUCUAGGUUUGAAUCACCUAUCCAGAAAGAACACUCUGUAUGGAUAAAGCAUCCCUAUGACAGUGCUUUUGUGCAAACAAAUUGAUGUGUACUUAUCGCUGUACUGCUGGGAACUAUCCUUCUGGGAACUGUAGCGCUGGGAACACAAUGUCUGUUUCUGAAUGCCAUUAGUGUACUCAGGGCCUUUUUCCAUUGAAUCUUAGAGCGCACUCUAAGACUACUGAAAGGGAAUGCAAGAGAAAGGGAACAAGGAUGAAGACGUCACCCGAAUGUAGAUGUAUUACAGUAAAGAUGCUUUAGAGAAAAACAGCUAGAGUGGACAGAGAGGAUGAUCUUGAGUGCUUUGCUGUGAACCUACCAUCCCAGGAUGGAGCAACACUAAUGAUAAGUCCAAGCUUUAGACAGGACUGAACCAGUUCCAGUCCACCACUGACAGAGAAAAAACCUAAACAUUUAUAAAAGCUAUAUACAAUCUAUAUGCACAAUGUACACAUAGACAGUUUGAUUUUUUGCUGCCAUUAGAAUUUUGAUUUUUUGGUUAUGAGACAGUUAAGGGCUGUUUUAAAUCAGCUUUAAAGAAUGGAAGUCAUGCAGUAAGGCAGAACCCUGUUUUAAGUCAGAGGAGACUUUUGAGCUGUGGUUCAGCUAUCGAUCUGUGUAGUGCAAAGCAAUUGAACAUUUUAUUUAUAGAAGUGUAAAAUAAAAUAUCCAAAAAAUGAAUAUUUUUAUUAACUUCAUUUUUCAGCUUUGUUAGCUAUUUAAAGUCCUCAUGUGAAAAGAUUUAAUCUACGAAGAAAUUUUGGCACUAUUCUUAUUCUUUCUCUAGCCCUUUUGAAUGCCUGACUCCAAAGGUUAUAAUUUAGCUCUUUCCUUCACUUAAUCUCAUGUCUAUGCAAGUUUUCUGAAGCAAUUUCAUUGGUUCAUAUGCAAGUUGCUAGCUUUUAUAUCUGUUUUUAAUUCUGUGACAAAGAGAAAAGGAAUAAUUUCUCUACUA